AAGGUCUUGGCUUGUUUAAUCAUGACCAUUUAAAUUUAGAAUUUAUAUUCCAGUUUCUUGUCGCACAAUGGUAGGAGACUGCUAGUAAUUUCAUACUAUUGUGAUUACAUGAGAGCUGCAGGCAGCUCUGAGUGCCCUAGUUGCCUAGGCAUGAUCUAGGCUAUAGGCAGAAAGGGGAGGCAUAAUGCAAGCCAUGUUUAGCUGGUAUUUCCUGGUGAGGAGGAGAGGUGUGAAGUCAUUAUGAGGUUACCCUUCAGUGAUGUCAUCUUACAGCAUCUUAAGUGUAAAACUGCUUCCUUCAUAAAACUAACUUGGGUCUCCUGGACUACUGGGAGAAGACAAAAGAGCAAACUGGACUUGGAUAUUCCUUUAGAGUAGAUUGCUUUUUACAUGUAGAUUUGUCUUUUGUGGCCUAUAAGCAGGUGGUUUGGGCAUCUAGAUGGCUACAAAGGUCUUACAGAGUAUAGAAUAUAUUUAUGAAAAAUAAUGGUCUUGUAUGCUUGUGGGACAAAAAGUGAAGAAGAAACCUACAGUCAGCUCCUCUUUUUAUUAAAGCUUUAAGACCAAUAGAGUUUAUAUAUUACUUCCAGUGGGGAUAGUAUGAGUUACCAGACUGCUCUCAGUUGAAUCUCAUGUAAGUACAUGUAAUCAGUUGCAGUUGCAUAGCUUAUUCAGAAUAAUGUGCCAUACAGACAUUCUGCUUGGUGGGUUAUCACAUGGUAAUUUGAAUUUGGUCAGUAAGGAUAAUGAAAAGAAAGUUUCAAAUUAGCAGCUUGUAGGAAUUUGCCUGUAGUCUACACAAAGCUUUUAGACUACUCUAUUUGGAUGCCCAUCAUUUCCAGCCAUCAGGUCCAUGGAUGGAAACUGUACUCUAAUCCCUCUUGAAAUUACUUUAAAAGGUUGGGGAAAGUGGUGGGAUAACAGAGGGGUGGUGGAGAACAUAAUGUUUACCUUGAUGUAUGUGGCUGCUAAAUGGAUUUCUGUAUUAAGUUCUUUUGUUACUGUCUGGCCAUAUUUCCGAGGAGACUCAUUUGGGCUUAAGCUAGGCAAAGCAAGGAACUGCUGAAGUUUCCAUGUAACGUCACUGAGAUGGUUAGCUCUCUUGGAAAUAAUUGUGCAUUGCAAGCACAUUUCAUUGUGUUUGUGCUUUCAGGAGUGCACCAAAUUCUCUCUCUCUCGCUUGUAAAGUUUCAUCACAGUGAGAAGAAUGGGUUCAGUUUCAGAGAUGCUCACAGCAGUCCCCCUUCACAAGAGGCCUGAUCUCCUGGAGGCCUGUGCUGACCUCAUCAACGAAGAGUGGAAACGGAGCCGGACUUCCCGUAUCCACUCCCUGCAAAAAUCGAGCGACAACUUUCCCACAUGCCUGGUACUGAUCAGAACUUUAAGGCUAAUGGAAGAAACUGCAGAAGGGAAGACACCCAACACCCAGUGCCAACUUCUGGGACAUGCCAGGUUGUCCCGUGUGGUUGGCCAAUCUAAGAGCUUAUUUGUGGAGACUGUGGUGGUUGCCAAGACCCUCCGUGGAAAGGGCUAUGGCAGAAAGCUAAUGGAAGCUGUUGAGAAUUUUGCAAAGGCCCAUGGCUACCAACGUCUAUAUCUCACCACACAUGACAAGCAGCAUUUUUAUGCCCACCUGGGCUAUAGCUUGUCCAAGCCUGUCCAGUGUGCUGGAUUCAUCAGUUCUAUGGUACCUAUGGAAUUUUUGGAGAACUUCUCUAUCCCUCAACAUAAGGUGGAACUCCCUGCACGACCCGGGAAGCGCAAUACAAAUGCAUCUUACUGGAGCAGAUCUGGAGCAAGUCUCCCUCCUUCACCAUGUGCUGCACCCCUUUCCCCUUCUCUCUUUUGCUCAGUAGCCCCUCCUCCAUUGCCUCCUCCUUGUUCUUAUCAUUCAGGGACAGCUCCCAUUUCUUCCCCUCCCCAGUUGCCAGGUCCCCACCUGUCCUCUUCCCAGCCUAUUAAUGCUCUGGCUCACCCUUCACCGUCAGCCUCCUUGUUUCCCUCUGCUGGCUGCUGCCCUGCCCCAGCUCUUCCACCUUCUCCUCCUCCUCUUCCUCCUCUAGGGCCUCUGGCAAGAGCCUGUUUACCAGCCCAGCCCACUUCCAGUAAACCUGCCUCUUCCGGGCUGCUGGGAAACACAGCUGAAGAACUGAUGCUUUUAGAAACUCCCUAUCAGGAUCUGAAAGGGCAGCCCAUAUUCUGGAUGAAGAAGGAUAUCUGACUUUUUCAUUGCGUGCCAGUGCAAUGAAGAUGAAAUAAGCCAAUGGGAGAUGUUUUAAAAGGAAAGCCUGGCAUUGUGAGACAAGAGAUCGCCAUUUAAAAUGAAUAAGACAGCAUAUUUGGUUUUCUGUUGAUCCUUUUUGUCAGGUUCCUUUUUGUUAAAUGCUCAAGGUGGGUUUAUGGUGAGUACACUUCGAAGACCAGCACUUGAUUCUCAUUGUACUUCAGUAAUUCUUGCCAAUGUUGUGCUGGUGGGGCUAUACUGAGCUGCCCCAUAGAUUCCCUUGCUUCUACUUCAUUACAUUUCCCCAAUAAACAAAGCACCUUCAAACCUCUGAGCUGUCUCUCCUGACUCUGCAAGGGGUACUCAAACACACACCUGCAUCAGCAAGUCUGUGGUAGUGGUGCAGAUACAUAAAGAGAACAGCUUUGGCAUUCCCUCUGUUAGAAUUUAUGCAUUAUGCUCAGACAUGGUUUAACUAUGAUUUAUUGAAUAAAUUAGAGUUGGCUUGCUUUACCAAACUUACUAAGCGAUAAACCUUGAUUUAUAGCCAUAGCAGUCAGCUUCCCACAUCUCACCAGU